AUGUUCAGAUGCCAUAAUAUAGAACAGAAUAAGAAUUACACAUUCUAAUAGAGAAAGACAAAUUAUUUGAGAUAAUAAAGUAUAAUGGAUGAUAUUAUAAUGCCAAUAAUAGUAUAGAUGUGUUUGAAUGAUCCAUUGAGAUAUUGUUAAAUAGUAAUAAAGAGUAUGAUAGUAUGUUCAUUUGUUGCAUUACUAUUCUUGAUUUUAUCAUGAAUAGAAUUAUAUUAAUUUUAGCACUUUAAAUUGAGCUUUAAACAUUUAAAGAAUAUUCAGGAUAUUUGGUAUUUUGUAGAUGAUUACAAUAUUAAUAUUGAGUAUGAGAGUAUACUAUUAUUAGAAUAUAAUAGGAGAUGAAGAAGAAAUAGAAGAUGUAGAAAAGAAAAUCUAGGAAGAUAUGAGAUUGAAGAUAUCAUCAUUAGAAAUAUUCUUAGGAGGGAAUUAUUUUUGA